UACUAGGUUAAUAGAUGGCUAAAAGGGCUUGCCCAAAAGUUUUCAACACUUGCAAGAAGGACUCUUUCUUCUUUGGGCUCAUUGCCAGGGUUAUACCAAAGGCUGGGCCAGUGCUUCAAUCACUGUUGCCAGAAUUGCAACAUAAAACUGCAAACAUGCCUUGCUGGGUUUAAGAGUUCAUGUUCCGCAUUCCAGUAACUCGUCCUCUUCUCGUGGCACAGAGCCAUGAACCGCUGGUGAAACCAAAUGUGGCUUUUGCAAAGUCAGUCAUUAGAAAAAUUAGAAGAACGUGAGCAACAAGCACUGCUAUGAAGAACUUGCUGGUCUAUCUUCUUCCAUUUCUUCUGUGGACAUGCUGUACUUCCCAAAAUGUGUGCGAAGAACCACCUGACAUUGAUUUUGGGGAAAUAAUAAGUGGCAAGAAGGCCGCGUACAUUGAAAGUGACAGAGUACAAUACAAAUGCAACCAUGGAUGUGUAUUGGAAGGCUCUGAGUGGAUAACAUGCAGUGGGCAAAAGUGGACACCACCACCAAAAUGCUUGGCACCUUGUAUUGUCACAAAACAACAGCUAGAGGCCAAAAACCUGCUUCUGUCUGGGAACCGAGUAAGGGCACAACUGAUUCAACAUAAUCAUAUGUUGCAGUUCCAGUGCAGGGAAGGGCAUGUCCUCACGGCGCCUUCGGACAGGAAGUGUCUUGAUGGGCACAUGGAUUUGCCCUCGUGUAUCUCUGAAAGAGGGGGAAACUGUAGCCGCCCACCUGCAGUUGAGGAUGGAGACAUUAUUACCUUAUCGAAGCAGCAGUACAAAGCUGGCUCUUCAGUUCAGUUCAAAUGCCAAAAAUAUUAUGCUCUGGAAGGAGAUAACAGAACUUUUUGUGAUAAUGGAACCUGGACAAAAGCACCUAUUUGCUUAGAUGGCUAG